AUGACGAAGAGUCCGGACAUUCAAGGCAGAUCGUCGAGCAUUCGGCCGUGGCUCGGGUGGGCCUUCGUCUACGCGUUCGUGCUCUUCCUCUUCUUCGUCUACCGGUGCAUGGCGCUCAAGCCGCUGGUGUUGAUGUACGCCAGUGACAAGGACUACACGUCCAAGGUGGUGCUUGAAGCGCUGGGCCUGGGCUUCCUGGAAGACUUGGUCUGCGCGACGUACUUCGCCACCGCUCUCUGGUGCUUCGACAGCCUCAAGACGUUCGCGUCCAAGUGCUACGCUCGUGACAGCAACCUGGCAGGCAAAUUCCUCACGUUCACCGUCUCGUGGCUGCUGUUCGUGGCCAUGAUGGCGCCGUUCGUGGCCGACCUGGUGCUCGUGCGGCUGCGCAGCAUGCGCUUCACCUUCGACCUCGUGACCAUGGCCAUCGACGAGCGGGACCACGCCAAGGCCGUGGCCGUGUCCAGCUCGGAGGUCAGCGACGCCACGCUGAGCGUGACGGAGUUUCUGGUGGUCGCCACCUUCUUCGCCAUUGUGCGGGCGUGGGCGGCGUGGGCCGAUCUGUCGACGUGGAACCCGACGCACCUGGUGCUGCCGUCGGAUGAUUCGCUGCUGUACGUGGCGCUGAGCGCGGGUGGCAACAAGCCACUCUCACCCAGAAGCAGGAGCCCCAAGCGCGAAGGAGACUGUCGACAGUACUUCAAGCAGAGUCUCGUGGCCCUAGCGGGGCUUGUGCUCUUCCCCGUCAUCGUGGUGGCCAUCAGCACUGCCAGCUCGCCGCUGGUGGCGUAUUCAGCGCUCAACACGACCUUGAACGAGCUCUUCACGCGCGGACUGGAGCCGACGCUGGACGUGACAGUGGCCGCCCCCAUGGUCGUCGAGGACGUCGUGGAGGAGAGUGUCGAGACCGCAGCCAGCAGCUCACUCGACAACGCGCUGUCCGGAGACGCACACAACACGACGGAAACGCACGAAAUCUCACAGAAGAACUCGACCGCCGACUCGACCGAGAGUGACCAAGAAGCUUCAACUGGUACCAAGCCAAGCAGCAGUGAAGAUCGUACACCAGCCCCCACACCGGCACCAACACCAGCAGUUAAGCGAGUGACUCUGCCCUGGGUCGAGACGUUCAUCGACUUCAAGACGGAGGAGCACACGCUACUCGGAGACAACACUCUGCGUCGCCGCACUACGGGGUUCAAAGGCGACCUCGCGUUCGACGUCAACGUGUCGGACGACAACCCGCCCAACGUCUUGGUCAUCGUGGUCGAAGCGUUCCGGUACCACGACUCGCACUACCUCGUCGGUAAAGAAGACCCGUCCAACCUGUUCAAGGGGAGCAACAUCACGAUCACCCCCAACUUCGACAAGUGGGCGAAGCGGAACAUCGCUCUACGCAAUUUCUGGUCCAGUUGGAGAACGAGUCGGUCGGUGGAGAGUCUCAUGUUCGCUCAGCUGCCGUACGACAGCGUGACCAAGUCGGGCAUGACCGGAGGCCAACAAUCCACCAAGCUGGCUGGCUUGCCGCAAUUGUACUCGGCCAAGGGCUACGAGACCUUCUUCACGACUGGGUGUUUGACCGACUACGACGGAUGGGACGACUUCCUGCCUACCCACGGGUUCGACACGGUCUGGAGUCGCAAUGAGAUGAUGAAGAUCGCGGAGAAGGAGCUGGGGAUCACGCACGAUCAGUGGAAUGGCGACGAGCACCGCGGGCUCAAUUGGGGAGUACACGACGACUUAAGCUUCCAGAUCCUCGGCGACUUGAUGGUGAAGAAGACCAAGGAGCAAGCGGAGCGAGUGGCAAGAGGGGAACGAAAGAAACCGCUGUUCCUCAACCACUACACCAUUUCGAGCCAUGUUGACUUCAUACAACGUCCGAAAUGGUACGCCGAGGCUGAGAAGCCAGACUUCUCCGCGCUCUACAAAGGCGAGGAGUACGCCGACAACAUCAAGAACUACCUCGAGAUGCGCUACUUCGCCGACGUCGAAAUGGGCAAGUUCCUCGACCGCAUGGCUCAAGAGGGCAUCCUGAACGACACCAUCAUCGUCAUCUCGGGGGACCACGGCCAGGGCCCCGAGUUCGGCAACGACGUGCCGGAAGACCGCGAUGUGUCGGCCACGCGCGUGGCUGGAGCCAUCAUCGCUGAGGGGCGACUGGGGAAUGCGUCGGGACUGGUGAUCGACGACGCCACGGAGCAGUACGACAUCCUGAAUACGCUGGCGGAUAUCACGGGGGUGCCUGAGAGAGGUUUCGAGCAGGACGGCGUGGGUCGGUCGCUCAAGCGGAAGACGAAGUUCGGGGAGAGGACCGUGUACAGCAACAACCCAACGAGGAAGAUGUCGGUGGUGCGCGGCCACCUGCGGCUGCGCUAUGAGAGGAUGACCGACUACGUUCUGCUGCACAACGCGGAUACGGACCACGACAUGAAGAACGACUUGCUGCCGGGACUGUCCGAGGCAGAGCGCGCCGAGUGGCUGCGCUGGCGCGACAAGGGCCGACUCAUCAACUCCUACUACACCAAGCACUGGGAAACGAGGUGCCUGCUUGACGGAGAUUGCGAGCAGUAA